GCAUACCAAAGUCAAGCAAAAAGGAAAAAAUCCUAAGAAAGAAAGAAAACGAAAGGGAUAUAUACAUAUUUAUAGGCAUAUAUGAAAUCUCUUUAAUUUGCUAAUUUAUCAACAUCCUUCUCUCUCCAUAUAUCAUUGGUGGAACUAUUCUUUUGAUGAUGUUAUUUUCCAGUACUGUAACCAAUGUAACGAAAAUACCCUAGUCAAGCUAAUUACUUCAACAUCUUUUCUUCCUCUCUUUUCUACUUUUCUCUUUCUAUUUUAAGAAUGCUUUUUGCUUAUAACAAUCUCUCUUCACUUUUGUGAGCUCCCAUUCUUCUAUCUUUACAGAUCUCUUGUAUUUUCCAUUCUUUUAGAUCCCUUCAGCUUCUUGGAAUUUCAGGGUGAAAAUGGUGAGGCAAAAAAUCCAGAUCAAGAAGAUAGACAACUUGACAGCAAGGCAAGUGACUUUCUCAAAGAGAAGAAGAGGGCUUUUCAAGAAAGCUCAGGAGCUUUCAACUCUUUGUGAUGCUGAUAUUGGACUCAUUGUUUUCUCUGCUACUGGGAAACUUUUUGAGUAUUCAAGCUCCAGUAUGGUGCAACUGAUUGAGAAGCACAAGAUGCAGUCAGAAAGGGAAAAUAUGGAUAGUCCAGACCAACUCCAAUCUUCUAACCUUCAGUGCGAGAAGAAAACCUGUGCAAUGCUUAGCAGGGAAUUUGUGGAGAAGAAUCGGGAGUUGAGGACUUAUUAUGCUAGGCAACUUAAUGGAGAAGAGCUGCAAGGACUUGGCCUGGAGGAACUAAUGAAAUUGGAGAAGAUAGUCGAGGGAGGAAUAAGUCGUGUACUGAAGAUUAAGGGUGACAAGUUUAUGAGAGAGAUCAGUUCCCUCAAGAAAAAGGCAACUCAACUGCAGGAAGAGAAUUCACGGUUGAAACAACAAUCAGAACAGGCAAGAGUAUUGAAUGAAUUUGAGGGCCAAAAUGCAACUGAGCAAGGACAAUCGGCAGAUUCCAUCACCAAUAAUCGCAGCUUAGUCAAUAGUCAACAGGACUACAAUGACUCAGAUACUAGCCUCAAGUUAGGCUUGGCUUUUCCUUAAUGAGCUUGAUUUGACAGCGAGGGAUAUAUAUUUACUAAGGAGGAUAGUGCAGGGAUUCAAAGAGAAAAUGGUGGUGUGCUAGAAACAGGGAAAUUGAAAGUAGGACCUGGUCCCUUAGAGGAAAUUUGAGAACCUGGUUCCUCUAAGAAAAAGCAAAAGGUUAAAGAAUUUGGAUUUGGAAAGGCAGAAAAACUUGAGGGUUCAAAAGGUGUUACUGGGAAGAGUGUUUGACUAUGAAAUUGUUGACAAGCAUGGGAUGAAAGAGCCGUUGGAGAUAGUCGAGUUUCAAAAAUGGGAUCACUUGUUUAUCUCUCCUG